AUGAUGUCGUACGGACCGCGCUUUGCGGCACCGCCAUUCAUGGCAGCAACGGUGUUGUUGAUUAUGGUGAGAUGUUCGGUUUCGUUUACCCACUCGUCGAGGCAACAGAUCCAAGACGGUUCGAUCAGCGACGACGCUACCGGUCACCACGGCCGGUGUGAGCCCAUCACCAUACCGUUUUGCAUGGGCAUAGCGUACAAUGAAACAAUCAUGCCCAACAUAUUGGGCCAAAUGCGUCAAGACGAAGCGGGCUUCGAAGUGCAACAGUACUAUCCGCUGGUGAAAAUCCAGUGUUCGCACGAUCUGCAGUUCUUUUUGUGCAGCGUUUUCGCUCCAGUGUGUACUAUAAUUGAGAAACCUAUUCCACCGUGUCGGUCACUGUGCGUGUCGGCGCGCAAUGGCUGUGAGGCAAUCAUGAACCGUUUUCAAAUCGAAUGGCCCGAUAAUCUGGAAUGUAACCAGUUUCCUGAAAAUGGUCAACUCUGCGUCGGUGAGAAUAAUGCAACAAACCCUUCUCCAACACCACAGACUGGUUUAAUAGAACAAAACGGGAAAGAUUUGACAGCACCCGGAUCUAGACACUUUUCAGGAGACCAAGGAUAUUCAAAUAAUCCUAAUAGCUUUGAUAUUGGAUUUGUUUGCCCACAACAAUUUCGAAUUGAGUCUAAUAGUAACAAAAAAAGAUCUGACAGGAGCAAUCAAGUUUAUACAUUAAAAGUUGGCAAUAAAGUAGUAAAAGAUUGUGGAGUACCGUGUGAUGCAUUCUGGAGUCUAGAUCAAAUGCGCAAAGCUAGAUCAUGGGUGGCUUUGUGGUCCGUGUUGUGUGCUAUAUCCUGUUUGUUUACAUCAUUAACAUUUGCCAUUGAUACACACCGUUUUCGAUAUCCAGAACGACCAAUAAUAUUCUUGUCUUUAUGUUAUCUGAUGGUUUCCAUAUCUUAUCUGAUUGGAUAUUUAUCGGGAAACAACAUUGCGUGCAAUAAGCAAAAUUUGAUCACUCAAGGUACAGACGAUAAUGAAUGGUGCACUGUACUAUUUAUGGUGUCGUAUUUCUUUAGUACCGCAUCUUCUGUAUGGUGGGUUGUGUUGACAUUGACUUGGUUCCUUGCUGCGGGACUUAAAUGGGGACAUGAAGCUAUUGAAGCAAAUUCUCAUUAUUUCCACUUGGCGGCAUGGACGGUUCCUGCUGCUAAAACAAUUACAGUACUAGCUAUGGGAAAAAUUGAGGGUGAUGUUUUAACCGGCAUCUGUUCAAUGGCUGUUUGGAGUGAUGAUACGGCUGUAAGAGACAUGGUGCUCAUUCCUUUAGUAGUUUACCUGAUUUUAGGUACAGCAUUUUGGAUGGCUGGAUUUGUUUCUUUAUGCCGCAUUCGAAAAGUAAUGAAACACGAUGGUACCCGAGGUACUGACAAAUUGGAAAAAUUGAUGAUACGUAUUGGCGUCUUUAGUGUUCUAUACACAGUACCUGCUGUGGCUCAAAUCUUAUGUUUAGUUUAUGAACAUGUCAAUCUAAGUUCAUGGAUUAUUAGUUGGCACUCUACUCUUUGUCAAGAUCCAAAGUAUGCUCUGCCAUGUCCUUCUCAACCCAUUGACACAGGAAGAAAACCUAGCUUUGAGGUGUUUAUAGCUAAAUAUUUUGUUUCAUUAUUAGUUGGUCUUACAUCGAGUGUUUGGAUUUGGUCUGGUAAAACUGUUAAUAGUUGGCAAAAAUUCUUAGCACGAAUUCGACCUAAUUCAGGUAAAUCUGAAGCGUAUGUUUAA